CGCGGCUCUAAGUGGGAACCCACUCCCCUAAACUUCUGCGCUUCCGACACCGUUUCUUUAUUUUAAGCAACUGGCGGUUAGCAUUCAUAAACCUAGCCUUAAAUUCCUCUGAUCUUCGUCCCUCAACCUAUCCUUACCAGACCACCGAGACAAGACAAACGAGUCUUCCAUCCACGUUUUAUUAAGCGCCGAUUUCGCCAUCCUUACCCAGAUUACUUCUAUCUCUCCACAUCCUCAGCAAAAAUGGCCCGCGGUAACCAGCGUGAAAAGGCGCGUGAGAAGAACCUCAAGCAGCAAGCUGCACAGAAAUCGAAGAGCAGCAAGAGCGGUUCCGAGAUGCAGCGCGACAAGGAGGCCGUCGCCGAGAUGAUGCGCAAGAAGCAAGCCGCUGCCGAUGCGAAGAAGGCUUCCGGUGGAAAGUAACCGUGGUGACUUGAGCAUGGCGAAAAGGGAGUUUUUUUUUUCAUACACCAUAGAUAAGGCGGGAAGGAUGCUUUUCACGAUAUGACGAAGUAGGACGAUAUUUCUUCGGCAGGACAUACUAGUUUUAGGCGUGUGAUGGCGUCUAGACUUUCUUUCCCACUUUCGUCCCUUGACGAAUACAAUCAUUAUUGAUCUGAAGCGUGACUUUCUCCGAUAACAGCCGUGUAGCGUAUCAUCUAUUCUCUUAUCCAAGCGAUAGAUCCUAUACCGUAGUCAUGUUAACAAGACAAAC